AUGAAAGUCAUUCAACUAGCUCACCGUUAUGAGAUUACGCUUCUUAAGGCAAGGUUUUUAAAAUUGUAAAUGAUAAUUUUUUGUUAUCUUUGUCACAAAGAAAAUAUAUUUUUACUUUCUUAGACUUUUUGUUUCAGAUGCAUUGUGAGCUAUAUUUGCUGAAAAAUAUGGAUAUUGAUCACGCUGAAGAAUGUCUUUUGUUGGCCAGGAAGCUGGACAUGGACAUAUUGGCCUUCAACUGUCUGGGAAAGUUCUAUUUCAACUUCAGAAUGUCCGAUCUUGCCAUUAAAAGCAAUGAACAGAAAAUAGUGAAUACGGAUGACAUGGAGGACAUCAAGAUCAUCAAAGAAGUGAUGAUAACAGACCCCAUUGACAUGAUAGAGAUUCCUGAAUUGAUACUGAAUGGUGAAACAAAGUUUUUGUUGCGUUUUGAGAACAUAACAACUAAAAAUUUGGAUGUUAAAUAUGGAAUUUACAAUAGUUAUGGGAUAGUAAACUGCCAUUCUCAAAACAUUUAUGCUUUUGAUUCACAUGCGUGGAUGAUCGAGGAAAACAUGUGGGAGAAGGUACCUACAUACUCUGGACACUUUUCUAUAAAUGUACAAAUUAUUGAUGCUGGAAGAGAGUUUUCACACAGGUUCUAUGUAUACAUUUAG